AUGUCGGAAACUAAGGACCAUAUUUCCAUCCCCGAAGCCCAGGCCAAAGACACGACAACAGACACUACUUCCCGUGAGCAACAGAAUCUUAUUAACCUUCAGUCAGUUCUCCGGAGCGCUGCUGGUGUAGUGAAUGAGGCCGGAGACACCCUAGAUGGUUUUGGUAACAUCGUAGGCAAGAUUGCAGACACUGAC